CACAGAACCGAACUGUCUGUGAGAAAAAGAAUUCGGGAAUCUCUUCUUUUCUCUCCCGUUUAGACCUCGACAACCGCGACAGCCAGCUAACCCGCCCAGCCAGCCAACAUCCCCUCCAGCAUACACAAUGGCCCCCAAGGACUCCAAGAAAGGCGGUGCCUCCAAGGCGCCUAAGGGCACCAAGCAGGCCAACAACGCUGCCAAGGCUGCCCUCAAGGGUGCCCACGGUCACUACAAGAACAAGGUCCGCUACACCACCUCGUUCCACCGCCCUAAGACCCUCGUCGUCUCGCGCGCGCCCAAGUACCCUCGCAAGUCGGUUCCCCACGAGCCCCGCCUCGACGAGCACAAGGUCAUCGUCCACCCUCUCAACACUGAGUCUGCCAUGAAGAAGAUCGAGGAGAACAACACCCUCGUCUUCAUCGUCGACGUCAAGUCCAACAAGGCGCAAAUCAAGCAGGCCCUCAAGAAGCUCUACGACAUCGACACCGUUAAGAUCAACACCCUGAUCCGUCCCGACGGUUCCAAGAAGGCCUACGCCCGCCUCACCCCCGACGUCGAUGCUCUUGACAUCGCCGCCACCAAGCUUGCUCUCGUUUAAGCGCUUAGUCUAGCGGGAUGAUGGGAAUUUGGGAAGGAGAAUGAGCAAAAACAAAAGCAAUUCGGGUUCAUUGACCGCAAAGGCAUUGGCAUGGGCGUCUUACGGUUGUUGAUUAGAAUCCCCAGGAGUGGCAUCUCCGAUGGGCACCAAUCGAUUCCCCCGGUACUCAGGCUAGGGUACCAUAACCGUGUUCAGUCUCGAUAAAUGCAUGACUUCUGCGGCAUUCACAAUACUUUCAAUGAUGAAUACCCAGCGUUGACCAGUGCUCGUUCGACUGGGACGUGAACUGAACCCGAUUAGGCA